AUGCCCUCCCUUCGGAUCAUCAAGGGAUUCAAUCAACGUAAGAAGGAACGUAAGCCAACUACUCCAUUGCAACAACAACUCGUGAACACGCGGCAACGUGACUUCGAGAAUGCUGAGGCUUCUAUGGCUGCAGUGGAACAGCGGCUUAACAAACACCCGGUGCCUAUAGAUGAUGCGGAAGCCGAAAAUCACGAUGUGCCAGCGCUGGCGGCCGACGAUUUAGAUCACCCAGGAGAAGAAGCAGGUGAAGAGGAACUGUUUAUUGACUUGAAUCGAUUUAUGCCUGGUGACGAGGAACAUCAAGCACACAACAACCCAAUCAUGGCUGCAUUGCGCAGGGAGGUUCACCUAGCUGACCGCCUGGCCCACGAGAGUGAUUGGCUUUGGCAGUACGCCAUUAUGUUACCAACAUUUCUUCAAAACCGGAUGGAAACUUCCAAUUGGGGGAACCAAGCGAAAUGGAACCAAGACCUACGCCCGCCCUGUAACUGUACCAUGCGGACGGAACGAGACGUUGACCUCAUUGACAUACUAUUGGAUUCGAUUCGCCGUGCCUACCGAAGGUUACUGUUCAGCACUGGACGAUGUCCUUCACCACGGCAGUCCGGAAAUAGUAACAGCCAGUGGCCUUCAAAGGAACGUUUUAUGAACCAAGGGCCCGAGUCAGAUGGUGAAGAUCAUCGGCGGAUGGUUAGUCUCGAUCUGUGGACCAACCAUCGCAAUGAGGCGUUGAAAAAGAACGCAGUUUCCUUCAUGCUUGCCCAAACGAAGAAAUACCAAGCUGAGCUAAAGGAAACUAAGGCUUCUCUGGCCAAGCUUGUCGCGCAAGACCCUGCACAUACUGCUGAAUACUUCCAAAUCCAGUGGGAUCGUCAGCGAGCGUUGCAGUUGGAAGCAAUCAGCGUGCAGACCAAGGAGAAACGGGAUCGUCUAGGUGUUUUACUUACGCUGGAGGAGGAGCUUUUGGAUGCACAUCAGAGGCUGGUUGAUAUGAAUGCAGCCAAUGCGGAAAUACGUACUGCAGAGCAGCGCAAUGAAUUAUUGGACCUGCCUGCUUCACUGGUCGCGCUUGAAGUACAGAUUCAAAACGUGGCUGACGAACUGGGCAAUGCGGAAUUAUUGAGGGCUAGGCGCGGAACUGACAUCAGGCUGAAGGCCAUCCUUAGUGUCCAGGUGGCAUUAGGGUUCUUGUAUGAGGCAGCGGUGGGUGUAAUUCAAGAGCAGGCUCAUGCCGCCACAAGAACUGGUGCCACCCAGCAGCCUCGGAAUGAACAACUGCGCAAGAAGAAACGUGUUCUUUUGAAAAAGAAGCUGGAUACAUAUUUGAGGUAUGCUUCUAAAUACAACCAACGUUUCCGACCGGCUCAGAGACUUCUUGAACCGACUUUGGACGAAGUCGCGGCAAUGGAUUUGCUUCAUCCUUUUUGGGACGAGGUAGCACUCAACCACCUUGAUGAACCCUGGGCUUCUUGCCCCAAAACCAAGGAAGGCAUAUUAUCACUUCGAAAUCAAUUGGCUUCCGAAGAGGAGCUGCGACGUCUGGGGCGUGAGGCCAGGCAGCUCGUAGGAGGGGUGAGAGUAGCAGAGUGGAACUCUAUCCACUCUGGGCUGUCUAAGCGUACCAGCCGCCUAUGGACUCAUUGGGAGCGCUGCUUGUUAGAAGUUGUGGAACUUACAAAAGACUAUGUAGAAGGGAGGGUAGAAGCCGACGGUGCUUUAUUGCUUGCUUGGCAGCAAAUGCAUGCGCGCACAACAGGUGCCCCAGUUGACUUACUUAUGCUUCCAAUAUUAUGGGCACCUGAGGAAGGGGAUGAGGAAGCAGCAUGGAUACUUCAGGGAGGGGAUGAGGAAGAAGAGGACAAAAGAAACUUGGACUUCCAUGGUUUUGAUCGACAGCAAGGUAUUAAUAUUGACUGGGAGAUGGCACUUUGA